AUGUUAGGUAUUAAAGAAUCGUCUAAUACCAUCACUAAAAUUACUGAAGAAAGAGAUAAUCUCGAAGAUACUGGUCAAGAAACCUCUUCGAAAGAGAUCAACAGUGCCUCCAAUAACAAUAAUAAUAAUAGUAACAACAACAACAACGACAAUAAUAACAAUACUAAUAAUAGUAACAACAAUAACAAUACCCAAGUUAUUUCUAUAUGUAAUGAUCUGUCUAAGCAACUACAGCAAAUUCUAAACACUCCCUAUGUAGGUGAUGACGAAACUUUAAUUCCCGGAUUUCUAUUAUUUGCUCAUACAAAAUUAAAUUCACUAAUUGUUGCUGAUGACUAUAAAGAUUGUGUUGCCUUAUUGGAGUUUUCAUGGAAGUUUAUACAUAGUUUAAUCUUCAAGAAAUACUACAGCAUCAAAAAGCAAAUUUUAAACAAGUAUAACAUUACGGACAACAAACUAAGGGAUAAUGUACAAUGUAUCGUAGAGUUAAGAAAACUAUCUUCCCGUUUUAAUAAAUGUUUUAAAAUGAUUCAUAAAUUCUAUUAUAACAAUUUAGAAAAAAUAGUUCUUAACUCUUAUGAUAAUAUUGUACAAAUUAUCCCAGAAAAACUAUUAAAAGAAAAUUUAAAUAUUAAAAAUACUCUGGUAGAAACUACUACAAAGAGUACCGGUUCUGUGCUUCUUGUUUCUGUGGCUACUUCAGUUUACCACUGUUUGGCCAGUUUGGGUCAAUGUCAAAGAUAUAUGGCCUUAAUGGAAUCUAUUAAUUACAAAAUUGAAGAUUUUAAAAAAUCUUUGAAAUAUUUAAAUUUGGCAGAAUUGAUUUUACCCUCUGUAGGUGAUACCUUCAUCAUCAAAUCAAAAAUAUACAUGUGUUGUGAUUGUUAUGGUUAUUCGGUUUAUUGUUUAUUGAGAGCCAGUUUAUCAAGGAUACCAAGCGAAGUUGCUCAGCAAAAUCUAUUGAACUUAUUGGAAGAAAGAUCAAACGAAGAUUUUAAGAAAAUGUUAGAUAAAAUGGAUAAAAUGAAUAAAAAUAAGAAAAAUAAAAUGAUUAUUAAUAAGGAAAUCAUUGAGAAUUAUUUCUUAUACUGUUGGGCCAUCGUUUUAACCAAUAAAGAUCAUGAUUUCGAUAAUGAUGAAAUUUGUCAAUUUAGAUUAAAUAUUUUUUUGGAGAAAAUAGCUGCUAGAUACAAAAAAAAUAUUGAGCCAAUCUACGUCAAUUUAUUAAUUUUAAUUGGUGGGUUUGAACUGUUUGUUAAAGGUAAAAAAAAGAUCAACUUAUCAGAUAUUGAUACACAUCAGCUGUCUUAUUUGAAUUUUGCAUUUAGAUACAUUGUUUACAUUUUAAAUGUGGUUAUCUCCCAAGAAUGGAAUAAUUUCCAUCAAGGAUAUCAAUAUUUGGCGUUUUUACGUAUCGUAAAUUGUUGGUUAAAAUCCAAUAAGUUGGUGUUACAGUAUGCCCAUAGAAAUGAGGAUUUCAACAAAACAUUUUCCACAAUUUUAAAUAUGAUAAUCAAGUCGAACAAAUCAACUAUAGAAUUAACACACAGACCCAAGAGACAAUACUACUUCAGAGAAGAUGUAGAAUUAAGAGAAUUUCAACCUAUUAAUUUUGCAAUGUCGGAUUUUAACGAUUCAGGACUAGUCAACUACAAAGAUUCUAAUAAAAGAUUUAUGGGUUUAGUUGACGAUAUUGAGGAUUUACAUAACAGCGAUAAUGAUAGCAAUAACGUUAGUAGCAAAGAAGAUUCUAUGACAACCAAUGCUAGUAAUAAUAAUAAAUUUCACUACAACUUAGAGGAACAGGAGGGCAAAUUAAGGAUUAUGGCUAUUGUUUAUAGUGGUAAGAGGAUAAUUGAUGGAAAUUUUGUGAAUAUAAAAUUUGAAAACGGGAAAUAUGUCUAUAUUAAUAAAGACAAUGAACGUUCUGAUACUAAAAAAAAUAAGAAACAGAAUUUUGAAGAGAAAAAAUUACCAAAGAACAAUAUGAAACCAUUAUCAAGACCAACAUUAGAUUCAGCUAAGAAUGUUAAAAUGAACAGGAAACCUGAAAAAGAGUUUAAAAUUUUUAAUAAUAAUAAUAAUAAUAUUAGUGGUAAUAGGAAUAGAACUAGUAAAGAUAAGCCUGAUACAUGGGGAUAUAGUGGCCCUUCAUUUGCUAGUAAGGCACCAUUGAAUUUUCAAACUAAGCCCACUACGAUUGACAUUAGUAGUCAUUUGAUUGGUGAUGGUUCAAACAACAAUUUUGGCUCCACAUAUAUGGGAAGUGAUAUUAACACUAACAACAUAAUACCUAAUAUGAAUAAAGAAGAAAUAGAACAAGAAGUCAAUAAUGAUUAUAAACAUUUGAAUGAAGCGUUAAAUAAUGUCUUUAAUAAAAAUAUCUCAUAUACUAAUGACGACGACAACAACACCAACAACACCACCACCACCACCACCACCAACAACAACAACACCACCACCACCACCACCACCACCAACAACAACAACAGCAACAACCAUGAUGAUGAAUCAGGAGUAAAACGUGAACAAUUGACAUCGCCCAUGUCGUCAAAUACCACUCAUUUAUACGGGAAAAAACAUUCUAUGUGGACCUUAAAUGGUAUGGAUGAAUUUUCUAGUAACAGUAUUAAUGGUAACCAUGAUAAGGGUAAUGGUGAUGUCAAUGAAAAUGACAUUAACAAUAAUAAGCUUGAUAUUGAUGAUAAUAAUAAAAAUUCUCACUUAAUGAAUGUAAGUGUCAAUUCCAAUAACAACAACAACAACAAUAAUAAUAGCGAUACUCCUGUUUCAUUGGAAACAAAGUUGCUGAGCAACGGUAUGCUAACUACCAUUUAUUCUGCUGCUAAUCAAAAUGUUAUCAACAACAAUAGUAUAAAAAACUUAUAUCAUGAAAAUUCAAUAGAUACCAGGGAUGGUGUGAUAGUUAAUAAUGGUACUAGUAACAGUAGUCCUGAAAUGUUAUGGUAUAGAGCACAAGAAUCGACUCAACCCUCCAUAAAAGAUCAAUACUUACAAUCCAAUAUUAGUCCACCGCACGAGGUUUUACAUCAACAACAACAAGUUAAAACCCAAAACCAAAAUCAAAAGAUUUUUUAUUCGCAGUAUGAACCUGAGUCUUCUAAACAACAGCAACAUUAUCUUACAAAUAAUAUUCCCAGUGGGAAGUUUGCGACAAAUUUAUCAUCAACGUCCUCAUCGGUCACAAGUAAUUUGAAUAUGAGUUCUCCAUUAAUGGAUAACGGCACAUGCAUUAAUGCUGUCUAUAAUGGGCAUAACAUGGGCGUGCCAAAUACUAACAACGGAAGCCAUAACAUUACUAAUAAUGUUCAUGAGUUAUUUUACCACUUAAACAACAAUACUAAUGUUGCUAGUUCUAGUGCCAUUAAUAAUAGCAAUAAAACUACCAGUAGUAGAACUAGCAGUAAUAUUGACAAUAAUACUGGUGUAAAUUAUGAUGUAAACAGUAAUUUGGGAAAUAUAAACCCUUCCUCUAUUACACAGAACAAUAUGUUAAACACUUAUAAUAAUAACAGUACUGGAAAUAAUGCUAACAGUAGCAUUGCGGAUUAUUCAGAUGGCAGUUGUAAUACUAAUUACAAUUGCUUAAAUUUUUACACAGAACAUGAUAACUCUAAAUUUUUGUAA